AUGAUCUCGGAGACGAAAAACUUUCACCUAGCAACUGGCAACAAUCAAAUUUCGCUUCCCGUUUCUCGUGGACCGCGAAACUCAUACGCUGGAGUUUUGAUCUGCGUCGGAGGAAGAGGCAACGAAGGUGACCCUUAUAAGUCGGUUGAAUAUUUGGAAGCGCAUAAAUCGUGGAAAAUGGAGUGGAAGAGUUUGCCCGACAUGAGAAAUGCGAGAAGACAUGUUGGAGCAAUUGCUCUUGGGAAGUGUUUAUAUGCUGUUGGCGGACAUUCGGGUAAAGAUCAUCUUUCUAGCGUUGAAUGCUUCGACUUAGAAACAAAGCAAUGGGUCCUGAAGAAAGAAAUGUCCACCCCUCGUCGGGGAAUCGCCCUAGCCGUCGUUGAAGUCUUCGGUAGCCAGUGCAUCUUUGCUAUCGGCGGACUCGACGAUCAAAUGUGCUACAACAACGUCGAAAGAUACGAUCCAGGCAGCGAUACUUGGACGAACGUAGCUAUGUUAAGCAUUCAUCGUGGUGGAGUUUGUGCCGUUACUUUGAAUAAUGAAGUUUAUGCGAUAGGGGGAAAUGAUGGUGUUCAAAGCAAAGCAUGCUGCGAGAAAUACUCUCCCUUGCUGGAUAAAUGGAAGGAUAUUCCGCCGAUGAAACAGAGAAGAGCUGGUGCAGGAGCUACAGUCGCAAAUGGAAAGAUUUUUGUCGCAGGCGGAUUCGUUCAGGGCUCAAAUCAUGACAAGAUUAGUCUUGCUACAUACGAUAAUGCGCCUUUAGCGUCAGUAGAAGUCUACAAUCCUUUGAGCGAGGACGAGCCCUGGACUUGUAUCCGACCAAUGGCUUCUCCACGGGGUGGCGUUGGACUGGCCCCACUCUCGGGAAAGCUGAUUGCUGUUGGAGGCCACAAUGGAAAAGAGUAUCUCAAGUCCGUUGAAAUUUAUGACAUUGAAACGGAUUCCUGGGAACAAGGCCCUCCGACGCAUUUGGCUCGAGCAGGCAGCGGCAUCGCCUGGAUCAAGGCCGAUAUCGAGCUGCUCAACCGGGAACCUGAAAAUUUAACGGCUCUCAAAGAUGCCAUUUGA